CUGCAAACUCCAGCCUUUUUUUACUCUACACACAGAGAUAUACAUAUACAUUUACAUAUAUAUAAUAUAAUACAUAUACCUAUCUCGGCCCCACUCUACAAUACAUGGAUACAUACACUACUGCAACCUCAGAUCCAAAAGCAAGCAAGCUAAACAAGCUCUUCUGAUCUCCUCCGGCACCGGCGCCGCCGCCGCCAUGUCGUACCAGCAAGAGCCGACGACGCCAUUCCGGUGGCACUACGCCGAAUUCGACGACAGCAAUUUCCAAAUCCGCGGCCGUACGCUCUUCUUCAUCAUCGUCCUCUUCUCCGUCAUUCUCGUCGUCGCACUCCUCUUCCUCUACGCCCGCUGGGUCUGCCGCUCCGGCCACUCGUCGCCGGCGCCGGCGCCGGCGCCGCAAGGGCUGUCGCUCUCCACCGCGCAAUUGGCCGGCGCCGGCGGCCUCGACCCGGCUACGAUUAAUAGCUUUCCGAUUGUGCUCCACAAGCUCGGCUCGUCCGGCGGCGCCGACGCCGAAUGCUGCAUAUGCCUCGGAGUCUUCGCCGAUGGGGACAAAGUGAAAGUGCUGCCGCAAUGCAACCAUCGCUUUCAUUCUGACUGUGUGGAUAAGUGGCUCGCGGCUCAGCCGAGCUGCCCGCUCUGCCGAGCCGAGCUCAGAGCCGACUCGCUUGUCUGAUUCGGCAGUCCGUGUCUGUAGCUUCUUUC